GACUAAAAUUGAAAACGUGGCAAGAAAAUUAUUUUAGCACCUUUUUUUCUAAUUAGAUAUUUGUGUGUGUGUAUAUACACCUUUAAAAUAAUCAACUGCAGGUAUAAAGGUAUUUAUAGCACAUUGAGUGUAUAUUAUCUGUAGCAGAUACAAGCAAUUUUUACAAUUGGAUAGAAUAUGGACAAGUAUAGAGAGUAGUGAGGUUAGAAUUCUCUAAAGAAAACUUUUGUGGUCCUGUUUCUCUCUACGAUCAUAAAAAAUUGUAUUAAAGUAAAGCAUGUCGGAUAGUUCUGACGAAGAGUUAAAUUAUGGCGAUGAUAAUGAGAAAACACCGUGGAUUUUAUAUAAGGACCGCGAUGAAUGGAGUGACGUGACUCCUUUACCUCAGGACGAUGGUCCUCAUCCCGUUGUAGCAAUUGCAUAUUCCGAAAAGUUUAAGGAUGCCUAUGAUUAUUUCCGUGCCAUUCUAAAAUCAGGUGAAAAGUCAGAACGUACGUUGGCUUUAACAGAAACUUGUAUAUGGCUUAAUCCAGCCAAUUACACUGUAUGGCAAUACAGAAGAGAGAUACUUAAAGCAUUGGAAAAGAACUUAUAUGAGGAGUUAAAAUAUACAGAUCGAAUGAUAAAGUACAAUUCUAAAAAUUAUCAAGUUUGGCAUCAUAGAAAAGUUAUAGUUGAAUGGUUGCAGGAUCCUAUAGAAGAAUUAACAUUUAUAGAAACUGUUUUAUGUAAGGAUGCAAAAAAUUAUCAUGCUUGGCAACAUCGUCAGUGGUGUAUACAAACUUUUAAUUUAUAUGAUAAAGAACUGGAAUAUGUAGAGCAGUUGAUAAAUGAUGAUGUUCGUAAUAAUUCUGCUUGGAACCAACGUUAUUUUGUGAUAAGUAAUACAACCAAGUUUGAGCAAGAGGUGAUAGAUAGAGAAAUUGAUUAUGCACUGGAAAAAAUAGAUCUAGUAAGAGGAAAUGAAAGUGCUUGGAAUUACUUAAGAGGAAUAUUGUUACAUGAUAGUAAAGGCUUGGGUUACAAUGAUAAAGUAAGAAAUAAAUGUGAAGAACUAUAUAAAGAAGGAUGCCGCACUAAUCAUUUGUUGGCCUGUAUAAUUGACAUUUGUCAGGAAAGAAGUUUGUCUGAUGAAACUCCAUCCUCUUUGUUUCACAUUAAUUCUGCUUAUGAGCUGUGUAAGGAUUUGUCAAAAAAAUAUGAUACAAUAAGAUGGCGAUAUUGGGAUUAUAUUGCUAAUGAGAUAACACUAAAAUUAAAAACAAAAUCUUCAAAUUAAAAACUAAAGCAAACCUAUAGUGUGUUGUUCAGAGUUUUAGACAGUGUUUUUACAUAUCAAUCACAAUAUGGUUCAGUGCUGCCAGUCGGGCCGGGUAGCCCCUCCAACGGCUAGGCCGCGCGCACGGUAACCAUGGUAACCACAGUAACGUGUUGUGGGUGCAGUUUUGGCACAAUCCCAGUGAACAGACAGAUACUGGUAAGGUUUUUGGCAGUUUUCCUUACCCUUGCAACAAAUGUUGUUAUUCUUAAUAAUUUCUGCCAAAUAAAGUAUUUCUUUAUAAUUAUA